CCGCUCUCCAUCCCCUCACCACCACCAGCUCAAGUUCACUUUGCAGGCCCCACCUCAAGAACUCCUCCAUGGCUGCAACAAUGGCCCUCUCCUCCCCCUCCUUCGCCGGCAAGGCCGUGAAGCUCGCCCCUUCCGCCUCCGGCGUCCUCGGCCAGGGCAGGGUCACCAUGCGCAAGGCAGGCGGCAAGCCGGCUGCCUCCUCCGGCAGCCCAUGGUACGGCCCCGACCGCGUCAAGUAUUUGGGCCCCUUAUCCGGCGAGCCCCCAUCCUACCUGACCGGCGAGUUCCCAGGCGACUACGGGUGGGACACCGCUGGCCUCUCGGCCGAUCCCGAGACCUUCGCCAAGAACCGGGAGUUGGAGGUGAUCCACUGCCGGUGGGCCAUGCUGGGCGCGCUGGGGUGCGUCUUCCCGGAGCUGCUGGCCCGCAACGGGGUCAAGUUCGGGGAAGCCGUCUGGUUCAAGGCGGGGGCGCAGAUCUUUAGCGAGGGGGGGCUGGACUACCUGGGCAACCCGAGCUUGAUCCACGCGCAGAGCAUCCUGGCCAUCUGGGCCUGCCAGGUGAUCCUGAUGGGCGCCGUCGAGGGGUACCGCAUCGCCGGGGGGCCGCUGGGGGAGGUGACCGACCCGCUGUACCCGGGCGGCAGCUUCGACCCGCUCGGCCUCGCCGACGACCCGGAGGCGUUCGCGGAGCUGAAGGUGAAGGAGAUCAAGAACGGGAGGCUGGCCAUGUUCUCCAUGUUUGGGUUCUUCGUGCAGGCCAUCGUGACCGGGAAGGGGCCGCUGGAGAACCUGGCCGACCACCUGGCCGACCCCGUCAACAACAACGCCUGGGCCUACGCCACCAACUUCGUGCCCGGCAAGUGAGAGCAGGCGCUACGUGUGGUCAGUCUGGUGCACCGCAUUGAGUGUGUGCAUGGAGCCUUUCUCAUCUCUUUCUCUUGUGCUGUGUAAGAGGAGGGCAAUGUGUACUAGUAUUUGUUGGAGUAAGAAAUCUUAAUGAUCUUCUUCUCUCUA